AUUGGAGACACGAACCGUUUCAAGCUAUUUAGUUCGAUUUGGUGAACUCGUUCAACUGGUUCACUAAGAAGAACCGGUUAAAUCGAACGAUUCGUUCGCGAAUCGGACAUCACUAUUCUGAACAUAACAGGAUACUGUGUAAAGUAAAGGUUCAUAUACAUGUUGCAGUGCACACGGCUGUGAGUGUGGUGUAGUGACUACAUUCAUCUUCAUAAAAAGACUGUGGGCUGAUGUGUUACUUCCUAAUUCACCCAUUGUGUGAGUCUCGUCUCUUCUCUCACUCUCACUGUAAUGGAGUUGUUCAUCUUCAUAGUGUUUCAGCUCCUGAUGGAGGUUCAGUCUUACAAAUCUCCUACUGUAAAAGUAUCUCCAGAUGUCAUAAGAGAGUCCAGCUCAGUGAAGAUCAGCUGUGAGACUCCAGCAGAUGUUAGAGUGAAUCAGUGUUAUUUCUACACAAACAGAGAACAGAAGAACAUAAAAGUCACUUCAUCAUGUGAGCUCGAGCUCACUGGUGCUGAAGUGCUCAGAUGGGCAGGUGUAAAAUCACCUGAAUCAAUCUACAUUAACUGUUACUACACAAUAAAUGAACAAGGCAUCAAUAAACCAUCAUCUAAAUCUCCUCCAGCCACAGUGACGGUUCUUGAUUCACUUCCGAAACCCAUCAUCAGUGUUAGUGACGACCAGCUCUUCAUAUCAUGUGAAAUACCACUUUCAGUCAGAGCUGAUUUCAACUGUAGUCUCUACACUGAGGAUGAUGUUCUUCUGUAUCAACGUGUCUCUCUGUGGAAUCAGUCUGGAAAGAAUCGUUGUAUGUUUUCUGUAAGUCGUAGUGAACUCUUCCCACGAUCAGUGAACAGCAGACAGCUGAUCUGUGUUUAUUUACUCAAGACUGAACCUGAGAUCAGAUCACCACGCAGUGACACAAUCACCAUCAGAGAUCUUCCUCAGGCCAAGUUGAGAGCGUCUGCUUCAGUUAUUCUGGAAACAGACACAUUUGAGCUGAGCUGUGAGAAUACUGAAGAUCUGAAGAUGGAGAAGUGUUUCUUCAACAUAAAUGGAAGAGAAAGUAACUCAAAACAGAGCUCAUCAUGUCAGCUCUCACUCACUGGAUCUCAGAUCAGUGUUUGGUCUGGAAGUCAGAGUUCAUCUAUGAGAAUAAGCUGCUUCUACACUGUGACUUUGUCACAAGUUCAAAAACCAUCUGCUCACUCUGAUCCAGUGACAGUAACAGUCCAGAUUUCAACAUCAGCCAUUGAACAUACGAGUACAACAGCCAUGACAACCUCUUUAACUGUAAUGUCCACUUCUGAAACCACAACAUACGUAGACCAUCAUUCCAAGACAAACAUUCCAACCAACACAGCAAAGGAAAAAAUGUUUUCAACAUCAAUAUACCCUCAAAAAACUUCACAACUGGACACUGUCAUUUCCUCAUCUGAAACCCCAGUGUACCACACAACAGUGGUUCAUACUAAAGGUCCACCCUCAACAACAUACAAAGAUCUAUGGUUUAUAUUGCUGGUUUUCACUGGUGUUGCUGUCAUUUUGUCUGGACUCAUGGGACUCAUCUGUCUCUGCCGGUUUGCAAGUAAGUAUUUCAAUGUCAAUUUAUUUAUAAAACAACAGAUAGUCAGCCAAAGUGAUGUACAGGAAUAAAAACUGAAUACAUAAUACUGAUUCUCAUUGUUUUCUAGGUAAACAAAGAACAAAACGGUAAGUUUUAUAUUCAUUCAAUUUAGUAGUAGGCCUAUAUGUUUGUUAGUAGUCUAUAUUGUAGUCCAGGAGCUGUAUGUGUAAAUGUUUAACUUCUUAUUUGAUAUAUGCAUGUAUGAAAAAUCUAUAAAACCUGAUGUGCCCAGUCAAGGAAUUGGUAUGAGCUGUUCUGGACCUGCAGAGGCAUAUUCUCUGGUCACUUCUGUACCAGCCACAUCUCAGCCCUUGUCUGAAGAUGUCCUGGUCAAUAAACAACAGAAACAGGGAAAUACAGAGGAAAAUGAGAAUGUUUAUCACCUGUACUCCACAAUCCCUGACAAACCAGUUCACUCACAUGCAGAAGAUCACAUUUACAGUUUGGUGAACAUGCACUGAUGAAUCUCAUGUCUGUGAUUAUUAUGUACA